AUGCCUUCAGGUGGAGAAUCGUCAUCCAGUGCUGCUGAGACUAAACCCUCAGAGACCACAGCCACCAGUAACAUUCGUCUCAAGUUUGAUGGACUCCCUAAACUACAAGGGCAAUCCAACUACCAAACUUGGGCGAGUGCCUGGAGGAUAACGUUCGAUGCUGUAGACUGGUGGGAAGCGUUGAGCAUCGAGAACCCUGACGAGAAUGACACCGAACUCAGCAAAACCGAGAUAAAGAAGGCUCGUAAACAAAUGCACAGCCUUCUCAUCUCUGCUGUAUGCGAAGAAAUACAACCAACAGUCGUCUCCGCCGAAAAUGCAUUCUACGCAUGGAAGGCGCUCAAAGAUCUCUACGAUCGUGUCUCACCCAACACCACGAUCACCCUCCUCAGCCGCGUCCUAGACACGAAGAUGCAAGAAGGCGGAUCACUGACCGAGCAUCUCGCGACCUUCGAUGCGAACUGGAAUACUCUCAAGUCCAGAUGCCAAAGCGCAGACCACAAACUCGCUCAGGCUCUCCUACCCCUCACCAAAUCCAACGAAGCAAUGGCGGCAUUCCUCCUAAGCUCGCUACCCAAAUCGAUGAGCAACGUUGUAGACAACAUCCAGACCAAACAGGAUGUUACCUACGAAGACGUACGCCAACGACUACAGAACCUGGAUGAGGUAGCCCCUCAAACAGGAAACAAAGUGCUCCAUACCAGGAGUACUACAAGCGACAAGGAAUGCACCUGGUGCAAGAAAAGGGGACAGCCUUACAAAGGCCACGAGUACACGGAGUGCAGAAAGCUCAAAGAACAGAACAAGAACAGAAAGGGAAGGAGAAAGGACAACUCGGCAUCGGUUGUAGUAAAUGACUCUACAACCACUAUCUGUAUGACCAACUCAUCGACAUUCGACCUCACACCGGCAACGUCCGAACAGCUGAUGGAACCAACCACGCUGUCACCGGAAUGGGAAGCGCUAGUUUCAGCUGCCACCUUCCCGAUGGAAGCAGAUCUUCCAUACUCCUCACCGAUGUGCUGUUGGUCCCAACCUUGGGAAAUAUGGGAUUGGUCUCCGAAACCGUGCUCGACAAAAAGAGAUUUAGAACGGAGUCAGGAGGAGGAAGCAAGUUGGGUACAAAAGAAAAGAAAGGAAUAA